AUGUCAAUAAAUUCCACUUCGCAGGGAUAUGUUAAUAGGCCAUUCAAAUCGUGUAAGAUUGAUGCUAAAGUGUCUGUGCAAGAUGAUGAAACCGGACGUAGUACUGUAAACAGCGGGGCUGGAAAGUGCGCGCCACUUCCAAGAACGUUAAAGCGUUCAAUUCCUUCAGGAGAUCCAGAUAGAGAAUCUAAACGGUCAUCAGGUAUCACCAAAUUAUUCACGUUAACAUACAGGAAAGUAAGUAAUAAAAAAAAGAAGACCUGGGAUGGUGAUGGUUAUGCAGCCUAUCCGGUUGGCGGGAAUUCCAUAACUCUUUACAAUGAGCUGGGGAAAACAAUAGGCUCCAACCUGUGGCAUAAUAACAGAGAUAUGUUUGAUAUUCUCUUUUCAUGCGGAUCACUAGAAUGUCAAUUAGAUUAUGAAAUUAUAGAUCCCCAGGAAUAUGAAAUAGCACUACAGAUUGUUAAAUCCUCGAAGUCUUCUAAUAAAUUUCCACAGUUUAAGCAAUCAGCAACGAGUAUAAAAUCGGCUCAAAAGGGACCAAUGAAUAGAAUGCAACUUUCAAAGUUAUUUACCCCUACUACAUCCACGAAAUUUAAACCUGUUAUAAAAGCUCCAGCUGCAGCUACUUCUUUAACAAGGACUAUUAUUAGCAAAGCAGGCAUGAGAUUUCAACCGGCUUUUGAUAAGACCAUGAUUAAUAAUCCGUUGGUAAUGAAUAUGGCAAUGGAUGAUGAAGUAGAAGUAAUAGUAGAUCCAUUACUUUCAAAGGCAUUGAGACCUCACCAACGAUCCGGUGUAAAGUUUAUGUACGAUUGUAUUCGUGGUUUGGCUCAUCCAGAAGAGGAUGAUGAUAACAAGGCUCUUAUUUUAGAUCAAGAUAGUGACAUCCGCGGUUGUCUACUUGCCGAUGAGAUGGGCUUGGGGAAAACUUUCAUGACUAUAACAUUAAUAUGGACGCUAUUAAAACAGAAUCCGAAGCCAUCUACAGGAGCUUUCUCCCAGAAUGGAGUUGCUCUGCAGGGUGUUUGUCAUAAAGUGAUUGUUGUGUGUCCUGUAACACUAAUUGGUAAUUGGAAGAAGGAAUUUAUCAAAUGGCUGCCUCUGAACAAGAUUGGUCUGUUGACAUUAAGUAAUAGCAAUACUCCUGAUAAGGAUAGGUCUGAUGUUAGAAACUUCCUGCGUGUUCAAAGAACAUAUCAAGUUCUUAUAAUUGGAUAUGAGAAACUGCUAACAGUUGCUUCUGAGUUAGAAAAAGGUAAGAAUAAAUUAGAUCUACUGGUUUGCGAUGAGGGCCACAGGUUGAAAAAUUCAUCUUCCAAAAUACUUAAGUGCCUUAGUGAUUUGGAAAUACAACGAAAAGUUAUUUUAACUGGUACACCUAUUCAAAAUGAUUUGAUCGAGUUUUACACCAUUAUCAACUUUAUUAAUCCAGGAAUCCUUGGGUCGAUUUCAACGUUUAAAAGGGAAUACAUUAACCCAAUUACAAGGGCAAGAGAUGUAAAAACCAAGUUCAAUGAGCUUAUAAGAGCGCAAGGUGAAUCAAAGUCUCAAGAUCUUAUAGAAAUCACAAAAAAGUUUAUUCUGAGACGAACAAGUUCAAUCAUUUCCAAUUAUCUGCCACCAAAAAUGGAUUUGGUAAUCUUCUGCAGACCAACAGAAUUGCAACUGGACGCUUUUCAUAAGAUACUUUCAGGAGACCAUUUGAAUUUUCAACAACUGGGAUUUAAUUCAUCUCUAGGUCUAAUUACGCUAUUGAAGAAAAUAUGCAACUCUCCAAAUUUAAUAACCGGCGACUUAUAUUUUCAAAACAAUUUUAAGGACCAGAAUUCACUCACGAAUAUUUCUCGCUCUGUCAAUUCUGGUAAACUAAUGGUCUUGAUAUCACUACUCGAACAUAUUCAGUCAGAUUGUGAUGGUGAAAAAGUAAUAAUAAUUUCAAAUUAUACCCAAACUUUAGAUAUAAUACAAGGCCUGUUGAUAUCACAAAAUAUGACUUUUGUUCGUCUAGAUGGAUCUACUCCGUCCAAAGAACGAGACUCACUGGUUAAUAUUUUCAAUAAAUCGCCAAGUGUUUUUGGGUUUCUAUUAAGUGCAAAAUCUGGCGGAGUAGGUUUAAAUCUUAUUGGUGCUUCAAGGCUCAUUUUGUUUGAUAAUGACUGGAAUCCUUCUGUAGAUCUUCAAGCAAUGUCAAGGAUACAUAGAGAUGGCCAGAAGAAACCUUGUUAUAUUUACCGGUUGGUUACAACCGGGUGUAUUGAUGAAAAAAUAUUUCAGCGCCAACUCAUGAAAAAUAACCUGAGUAGAAAGUUUCUGGAUGAUCACUCUAAUCAAACUUCUAAGGAUGAUCUUUUCGAACGUGAUGAGCUUAGGGAUCUAUUCACAAUUCACACUUCUACAAGAUCUAACACCCACGAACUCAUUUGUUCAUGUGAGGGGCUUGGCAAAAAGUUUGAUGAGGAUGAUAUUAUAGAGGAAGAAAGCUCACUCAAGUUGACAGAUGGUUGGAUGAAUGCUAACGAAGUAGGUGCGAUAUUAGAAAAUGUGGCUAGAGAGGAAAAAGAGUCCAAAGAAACUUUGAUGAAAAAAUGCUUAGUGGGUUAUAAGCAUAUUGAUCCUUCUAAAACCGGAGACAUUAUAGAUCCUAUAAUAGGGAAAGUCCAUUUAAAAUUACCGGAUGUAAUCACAUUUGCAUUUGUUAAAACUGAUCGAAAUAAAUAA